AUGUAAUGUAUCCUUCACAAGGAAACAAAAUUAAAACAUUUAGAAAUUAUGGCUAGAUUUAAAGGCUUGAUGGUGUCUCUUCCAUUUGGAUUUUUGUUGUUCAUAUGUUCUACUUUCAUCAUAGUACCUGGUGUUAUUGGAUGGAGCAAAGAGGGUCAUGAGAUGACAUGUCUAAUUGCACAGGCACUUUUAAAGCCUGAGGCAUCAGAAGCAGUGAAACAUUUGUUACCUCCCAAUGUGAAUGGUAACUUAUCAGCCUUAUGUGUAUGGCCUGACCAAAUUAGGCACUGGUACAAAUAUAGAUGGACUAGUCCACUUCAUUUCAUUGAUACACCAGAUGAUAAAUGUGGUUUUCAAUAUUCAAGGGACUGCCAUGAGGAUCAGUGUGUUGCAGGAGCUAUAAAAAAUUUCACUUCUCAACUUUCACAUUACAAAGAGGGAACAUCUGAUCGUAGAUAUAAUAUGACUGAGGCAUUGUUAUUCUUGGCACACUUCACAGGAGAUAUUCACCAGCCGAUGCAUGUUGGAUUCACCUCGGACAAAGGUGGAAACACGAUAGAUUUACGUUGGUAUAGGCACAAAUCUAAUCUACAUCAUGUGUGGGACAGAGAAAUUAUUCUCACAGCAUUAGCAGAUUACUAUGACAAAGAUGUGACACUCCUCCUCCAAGACAUUGAGAAAAAUUAUACCAAUGGAAUCUGGUCAGAUGAUGUUGUUUCUUGGGAACAUUGCAAUGAUAUCUCUCGUUGUGUGAAUAAUUGGGCUAAAGAGAGCAUACAAAUAGCUUGCAAAUGGGGUUAUGAAGGAGUUAAAUCUGGAACGACUCUUGCAGAGGAUUACUUCGACUCAAGGAUGCCAUAUGUCAUGAAACGAAUUGCUCAAGGUGGAAUUCGAUUAGCUAUGAUAUUGAACCAAGUGUUUGGAGACUCUGAAGAAGGAUUUGUAGCUGCAACAUAAACAAACUCAGCAACACAUUGAUUAGAAAAUUAGUUGUUCGAAUUUGUUAAUCCCCAUUGAUCAUAGGGUCUAACUCAAUUUCUUCUUGAUUAAUUUUUUGUUGCAACAAAUUGUUAGUAAUUUAUCACAUUAUUGAGCUUGAAAGGACAUGCAAAAACCAAACUCGACAUAUGUAUAAAUAGUAUGUUAUAUUAUA